AUGGAUUCAAUAAAAUCCCUUCAAGUUCGACGGACUCUUCAUCAGGCUUUGAGCCUUGGGAUGAUCAUUGUGUCUGCACUUAUAAUAUGGAAGGGUUUGAUGUGCAUUACCGGGACUGAGUCCCCUGUCGUCGUUGUACUUUCAGAAAGCAUGGAACCCGGUUUUAGAAGGGGAGAUAUUUUGUUUCUGCACAUGAGCAGAGAUCCUAUUCGAGCAGGCGAAAUUGUGGUGUAUAAUGUCGAUGGUCGCGAUAUUCCCAUUGUUCAUCGUGUAAUUAAGGUUCAUGAACGGCGAGAUACAGGGGAAGUUGAUAUUCUCACUAAAGGAGAUAACAAUGACGAUGAUGACAUAUCUUUAUAUGCUGGUCAGCCAUGGCUACAGAGACACCAUAUCAUGGGAAGAGCUGUCGGUUUCUUACCUUACGUUGGCUGGGCUACCAUCAUCAUGACUGAGAAGCCAUUUAUAAAGUAUAUUCUUAUUGGGGUACUGGGGCUGCUCUGCAUUACAUCUAAAGACUGA